AUGAAAAGCGUAUACUCAACAUUGGGCUUUGCCCUCGGUGCCUCUGCUGCUAUUCUGGUUGCUCGCGACCAAUGCUGCUUCUCCUUGACUGCCGCUGGUGGUAAGACCGGAGCUGUUGGUCAGCUUAGUGAUGGUCAGAACAGAAUCGGUCAGACUUCUGGACUUGUUACUGGACAAGCUACCUACUGCAUCAAAAACGGUGGUCUGACUGACAAGAACGGCCGAGGAUGCAUCCUGACCUCUCCUACCACCCAGUUCCAAUGCGAUGUUGGUGCUUCGCCCACUACUGGAUUCGCAGUCAACUCCAACGGUGACCUAACCUGCAAUGGAAAUACCCAGUUCUAUGCUUGUGCUACUGGCGACAAUGGUGGCUACAACAUCUACACCACCACUGCUAGCGCUCAGACUGGAUGCGUUGCGAUCACUCUUAGCUCUGGCGGCAACGCUCCUGCUUCGCCUGUCCCCACCUCAUCGGCACCCGCUGGAAACACUGUAACCACCACCCUUUCCGGUGCUUACCAGACUCCUCACGCUAUCAUCCCCGUCAACAAGAACUCUUCCAGCACUUCCUACGGAACCCAAUACAAUGCUCACUUGAGCUCCAGCAACAGCACCAUCUUCAACUUUGACAUCCCCUCCAGCUACGCUGGCAAACAGUGCAGUGUCAUCUUCCUCCUCCCCAACAAGUCCCAACUCGUUACCUCUGACUUCACCUUGUCUGGUGCCGGUGGUAUCAAGUUCGACCAACUCACUUCCCCUGCUCCCUUGAGCGUCACCUACGCUACCUACCCUGCUGUCAAGAGCACCCUUGACACAAUCAGCAGCGUUACUCCUGGAAACAGCUACGUUGUCUCCUCUGGUGCCUGCCAGGCUGGGUCUACCAUUUCCAUCCUUGCCAGCGCCACUGGCAGCCUUGAGCUAAGCCUGUUCGAGGACUGGGAUCCCUCGGCUAUCGGCCUUUUCAUCACCUCUUGUUAA